CAGAUGCUGAUUGUGAACUGUUCUUCUAUUCCACUUACCUUUCUUGUCAAGGUAACACUAGGUAUAAUACAUGGAACUGAAAUUCAUUGUACUGGUUAUCUUUAUAGGUAUAACUUGUAUACAUGGGAAGGCUAUAGAGGUAAAAGUUAAUGUGACUAGUAAUGCCACUAUCGGAGACUCUAUCGAUAAUUUAAACAUCACUACGCCUACUAACCGAACCCUAGAAGGUUUCACUGCCCAAGAUAAAAACUCCGAUGGAGAAUUAAAAACCAGACAACUUAAUUCAAUCGAAUUCAACAACUGGCGCAACAAUUACUUUAAAGAGACUGCACCCAAUCUGCCACAGCCUUCAAGAUAUGAUCAAGAUCAGAACAAGCAAUAUGGUUAUUUAGAAAGACAAUUAGAAGCUCAGGACUCCAAUAAUCAUGUAGUACAUUCCAAUGUUAAUACCAACCAACAAAGUCUUCAAUACAAGGAACUUAAUAAAAAAGGCAAAGACAAAACAGUUCACCACUCCGAAAACUAUAGAAAGCAUUUAGAAGAUCUGUACGGCAUUAAAGGAGUGAGUCAUGAGUCAAACACUGACAGUCAGGGAACGAGAUUAGAUAGUCUUAACUCGAAAAUACAUUCAAGAAAUGAAUCGACAAGAAACACUUGGGAAACAGAGGAAAUUUUGUCAAAAAUGAAUGUGUAUGGUAACAUACACAAAAAUGGUAAUCAAAAAGGAAAUACUAUUGGAUCAACAAAUAACAAAGUCCAGACUGGGCAAACGCAAAAUAGUUUUACAAACAAUCGAGAUGAUUACACAAAAAACAUGUUUGAAUCGUCUGAAAUGAUGCAAACGUAUUGGGACCAGAUAAAUAAUGAAAGACUCAUAAAGGAACAGAAUUCCGAAAGAGAAAAAAGUAAUGUAAACCAUCAACACUCACAAUUAUUUCCAGGUAACCAAAACGGAAAAUUUCACUCCCAACAGCAAACUCAGACUCACGAUACAAGUUUUGAUCAUCGAUAUGAGACUUCAGAGGAGAAGAGACUUUGGGAAAUUAUGCAGCAUAAUAAAGAACAUUUUUAUAAACAUACACCUGGAAAAUUUGAAAACAAUAAUCAACCCAUAAAACAUCAAACGACAAAUGAAUUCUUUGCCACACACAACCACAAUAAACAAUCUCAAGAGCAAAAGAAGUCUCACGAUACGAGUUAUAAUACACAAUAUGAUACACUCUGGGAAACAAAGCAAAAUAACGAAGGGCAGUUUUUUAAGUAUCCAAAUCCUAACGAUCAAUCCAGUAACAUAAACAAUCAACCUAUAAAACAUCAAACAGGUAAAGGAUUCCUUGAUACAAACAACGACAACAGGCAAUAUCAUUUCCAAGAGCACAACCAGUCUCACCACACAUCUAAAACACAACAUAUGACUACGAAUGAGCAGCGAAUUUGGGAAAUCAACAAUAAUAAGGAAGGAAGAUUUGAUAAAUAUCCAUUUCCACGAAUUGAACAUAUCAGUACUCAGCCUAUAUUUCAGCAAUAUCCGAAAAGAAUCCAAGACAUUGGUGACCAUAAAAUAAAAUCCAGUUCCAAGCAAAAAACUCAGGCUCAGCAAUCAACAUUUGAAACACAGCGAGAAACUUCAAACGAGGAGCGUUUUUGGCAACUUAUAAACAAUAAUAAUGAAGGAAAAUAUGUUAAACAAUCACAUGUAAAUGGCAAUAUUAACGAACAGCCUAUUAUAUAUGCAACAUCAACAUUAUUUCCAUACAUAGGUGAUCAUAACAGAGAAUCUGAUUUCCAUGAACAAAAGCAGUCUACUCAGGACAAAUCUGAAUCAUGGCAUGCAACUUCAAAGGACACACAAGUUCAGGAAUUCCUAAAUAAUAAUAACAAUGGAAGAUUUGUAAACAUUGAAACCAAUAAUGUAAAAUAUCAACCUAAAUUUUCACCUGAUUUUGGUCAAAAAUUUGUCUUUGGAAAUGAAAAACAUGACUUUAAAAAUCACUUUACCACCAACCAACAUAAGUCAAACACUAAAAUAAGUCAUUCUAAAAAUAUCAAUGAAUUGAUGCUGAGCAAAUUAAAUUAUUUGUCACAAAACAACGAAGGUGAAUCAUCAGCUUCUGUGCAAAAGAUGGAAAAUGAAAGUAGUAAUAAGAAAUUUAACAUUCAUGAACAUAAUAUUAAUUCUAAUUCUGGAAAUUUUGGAAGAGAGAUCUCAAAUGUUAAGAUCGAUUUUGAUAAUAAAAAUAUAUUUGACAACCACCAUCGCAAUAAAUUUAUGACGAAUACAACUAACACGUCCACCAAAGUUAGUGGGUUUGAUAAAUACAAUGAAGAAUAUGAUAGCUUAUACGAAAUGCAAGGAAAAAGUAAGGAAGGUAUCAAUUGUACAGGUAACUGCAAGAAUGACCAGGAUUUAUUAAAAAACAUGCGUAGAUUCAAGACACAUUUAAGAGAAACAUAUCUAUAAACCACAUAAACGUUAGUUAUUACAAGGUCAAGUUUUAUUUCAAAAUUUUUAUUGUACAACAGUGUUCUGUGUAUAUUUUCUCAACUUAUACGUGCCAAAAUUGUAUUGUUAUGCUUACCUCUAUGAAUAUUAUACAUCCAUU